UAUUUUUCGAUUCUGUCGAUGAGACUUUCUUUUCUUAUGGCUUAUUUCUAUUACCGCGUCUGUUGAUACCCUAUAGACCUCGUCCUCAAAUCAGCGCAUCUACCUCCAUUGGGUGUGCGAAAUCAACCAUUUUCUAUUACCAGCUUCCUGUCUUCCAGUAUCGAUACAAUGAAGACCCUCCGAGCUAGAACAAUCGCUAUCAUAGGUGCAGGCCCAUCCGGCAUAGUAGCCGCCAAGUACUUCCGCGCCGAAAAAGCCUUCGAUAAGAUAUGCAUAUUUGAGCAACGCAGUUCUGUAGGCGGCAUUUGGAAUUACACUCCCGAAGAUCGAAACGAGGAUAUAUUCACUGUCCCGCAGACCAAUCCCAGGGGUGAGAACCAGGAUCCGGUGUGGAGAGAAGCAAGCGCAACUUCAAAUCUAGGCGACGGUCAUGUGACGAGCAAGGUAAACGGCGCAGGUGGUGGGAAGGUGGCCUCGUUUUUAUCACCUGUUUACGAAAGACUGGAAACAAAUAUUCCGAGAGGUCUUAUGGGUUUUCAAGAUCUGGAUUGGCCGGCCGAUAGCCAAUUGUUUCCGAAACAUGAGACUGUGUUGGAGUAUAUUGAGGAGUAUGCGAGAGAUAUUCAAGAUCUCAUAAGCUACGAAACACAAGUCAUCAACGUCGAGCCGGCAGAUGAGGAAUACGGCGGUAAAUGGACUGUCAAGACUCGGUAUCUUCCCUCGAACGAGGAGACUGAGGAAGUUUUCGACGCCGUGGUUGUAGCGAACGGGCACUUCAUUGUGCCGUACAUCCCUGAUAUUCCUGGGAUAGCAGAGUGGCAUAAGAGAUUCCCCGGUUCUAUCACGCAUUCGAAAUAUUUCCGAACUCCAGAAGAAUUCGCCGGGAAGAAAGUCAUCGUAGUCGGCAACUCCGCCUCUGGCAUCGACCUAAGCUCGCAAAUAGCAGACUUAUCUCAACUGCCCUUACUCUGGUCCAGCAAAUCCACCUCAAUGUUCAAACCCUCCUCCUCACCUCUCAAGCGCGAAGUCCCACCCAUCGCCGAAUUCUUCCCUAAAACCCAGGAAGUCGCAUUCGAAGACGGAACAAUAGCCUCAGACAUCGACGCCGUCAUUUUCGCAACCGGAUACUUCUACUCCCUUCCAUUUCUCGAAACUGUGAAGCCAGAGUUAAUAGGCGAUGGAAGCCACAUACAACACACCUACCAACACCUGUUCUACGCCCCCCGCCCAACCCUCGCCUUCCUCACUCUCCCUCAACGCAUCAUCCCGUUUCCAAUCGCUGAAGCCCAGUCUGCAGUCCUAGCACGCGUAUUCUCUGACCGACUCUCCCUCCCCCCAUAUGCCAAAAUGCAGAACUGGGAAGAGAGUGUUGUGGAGGAAAUGGGCGAUGGGCGAAACUUUCACAUCCUAGCUUUUCCGAAAGAUGGGAAUUAUGUCAAUGAGCUAGCGAAUUGGGCGUCGACGGCUACGCGGAGAGAGGGGUUGGAGAAUGAGGGCAAGGGGAAGAUGCCGCCGGUUUGGGGAGAGUGGGAGUUUUGGUGUCGCGGGAGGUUUCCGGAGAUAAAGAAAGCAUUUGGGGAGAUGGGAGAGGAGAGGUGGAAAGUUAGGAGUAUGGAAGAGUUGGGGUUUAGGUUUGAGGAGUGUUUGAGGAGUAUUUGAGGGAGAAGGGGAGUGAAGAGGGGAAGUUGAUAUGAGGUAUGUUUGCAUGACUUUAUCCAUAUUUACGCUACAUUACCCCUGCCAUGUUCCCUACUAGGUGAUAGGAAUCAGUACAAGUACAGCAUGUCGAACUUUGCUGAUUCUCCUUAUACGUACCGCCAAGCGAACCUGGUAUGUACCAUUGGUGCUGUUCACACCACCCCGAGUAAGUUUCCUCUUCUCAGCUUUGCGAGUUGGGGGCGAGCAGGC